AUGAGUGGAUUUGAUGUUGAUAAGGACCAGACUACAAAUUUCAAGAAUAAGCUUUUGAGAGUAAAAAGAGAGAGAUCAUGAGUAAAAGCCCUUUUCGAAGUUUAUCGACGGCUUUACUUCAGAAAGAAUUUUGGAGAGAAAUCAAUUUACAAGCAAAGGGCAAAAGCAAUUUUUGAGGCCUCAGUUUGAUGCUUUCAAAUAAUAGCCUUAAUUUGAAUCCCAAACCUACCAAUCAAAAAUUGAAGUGGGAAUAUUUUUAUUUGGGAAAUUGUAGGAUAUUUGAGAUUUGACAAUACUUGCGCCGAAUUGGCAAUUAUAGGAGAGUGCCUUUAUGUUUCAAUGUUUAUGGUUUUUUUAAUUUUUUUAGGCAUGUUAGUCCUAGUUAUUUGUAAAUACAAAUCUAUUGAUAUACCAGCUCCGGCAUUUACCUUAUUUAAAAGAAUAUUUUAUUUUUGGUUAACUUUAUUUUUUAUACCUUCAAUUACGCUCUUUUCCAUCUUUGAAAAGUAUAAUUUUUUGCCUCACGAUACAGUAUUAGAAUACCAUUUUAAUAAUGGCUUUAAAAACUUUGAAAUUAGCUCAGCAUUGCAAACAAAUAUUGUCUUUAUGAUGAUUAUUUCUUUUUUUUUACUUUUACUUUAUACUGAAUUUUCUGGUGAAAUUCGACAUUUUGCAAUUAAGAGAACUUUAAAAGCAAAGGGGCAUUCAAGAAUUGAUAGGCAUGCAGCAAUUUUUAUGUAUUUUUUACCUAUUCUUUAUGCGAUGCUUGCAGAAAAUAAUAUCGUUAUUUAUCAAAUUUUGGUCAUGCUUGUUUCAUUAACACUUAUGGUAGAGAGUAUAAAAUUUCUUCCGUAUUUUUCGAAAUUUUACAAUUCGAUAAUGAUUCUUAAGUUUUUUGUGAUUGCUUUCGUAUCCUUUAUAUUUUUACUGGGAUAUUGGCUAGAUAAUUCUUUAUCUAUCAUCUUAUUUGCAAUCAUAUUACUUCCUAUAAUAUUAGCAUGCUUUCUCUACUAUAUCAUAAAAAUGCAAAUAGGAGCAAAUACCAUAAUACCAAAUGAUUUGAUACAUAUAGAUUCUCAAUACAAAUUAGAAAAAGCCAUUAGGUAUGCUUUAUGUAAUAAUGAUAUUGAUAAUAAAGAUCAAAUUAUUCGUCUUUUUGAGCUAUUUUUUAUGGCCCUAAAUAGAGGCAAGCUUCAAAUUAUCUGAGAAGCAAAUUAUUGUUUAUUUACUUUAAAAGAUGAGUCUUUAGCUAAAGCAAAGUUAAGCAAAAUUAAAACCAUUUUGGAUUGGAAUUGAGAAGUAAAUUAUCAGGCUUAUAUAUGUAAGCAAAAUAUUGAAAAUUCUUAUAUGAGUGAAAGUUCAAAUUUUUUAAGCUUAUUUCACCAACUAAAUUGGAUUAAAAGAAAAGAUAAAAAAUUAUGCGGAGAUUUACUUAAAUUUUGGAAAGAGGUUGUAUCAAAAAAACCCAUUAUGAACAGGCUUAUAACGCAGCUGAAAGCGAUAGAUAAAAGGGAUGCAGGUCCAACGACACUUUCUUUUUGAUAGUGUCCAUUUCACCGAAAUAUUUUUGGCCGAAAAUUGGUUGAAAUUUUUUGAUAGUGAGACAUUUGACCGAAAAAAAAACGUUUAAUUUUUCGGCCAAUAUCGCACUAUUAAAAAUUUUCAACCAAAUGUAUUCGAUGAAAUGUACACUGUCAAAAAUCCACUGUCAUUUGACAUGAAACCAGAUGAAAGAGUUGUCCUCCUUAGCAAUGAAUAUAGUCAAAUAAUAACGAAAUUCUCUAAUUCUAGAGAAUCUCUCGAACUUUAUGCUUCUUAUACAAGAAAUAUCUUGUAUGAUAUUGAAAAAUCAAUUAUGCUUGACAAUAAGUUAAGAUAUUUUGAUAGACUUGCUCAAAGCUCUACAAUUGACAUUAAGCAAGCUAAUUUUUUUAAUGAUACAAAUGGUAUUAUCAUUUUUUCAAAUGAAGAAGAAAAUUUUGGAGAAAUUCUUUUUACUAAUCCAUCAGCUAUAGAAAUUUUAAAAUCUACUUCAGAUUCGAUUAUUGGCAACAGCAUAUCUAAUUUUAUUCCUCCUUAUUAUAGAAAAAUUUUUAUUGAAAAAUCUAAAUGGUUUACUCAUUUUGGCUCGAAUUCAGAGAUUAGUUUAGAUGAUGGAUUUUUUAUAUAUCUCCCCACAAAUUUUAUAUUGGAAUGUACAGGAAAAGCAUCAAUCACAGCAAUUAAUCAUUUUAUUAUUACAGUGCUUGCUUUCAAGGUUAAACAAGUUACCCAUCAAAUUGCAUUAAUAUCAGAAAAUUGUGAAAUUUUAUGUCACUCUGAAAAUUUUGCUGAACUUUCUAGAAAUGAUCAAAGCAAUUUAGAAGGACUUUCUUUAAGAAGCAUCCUUAAAUUAGAAAUUUCUAAUUUAAAUCCAUUUACCCCUUACAAUUUAGUUGGCCUUCAAAGGGAUAUUGUGUUUGUAUUUGCGUACUUUGAGUUUAAUGAUAUUAAAAUACCAUAUAUUUUAUUAAUAAGUGAUCCUGAAGAAAUGCAUCAAUGAAAAGAAAAAGGAUUCAAUGGGGAUUUUAGCUAUGAUACAACUCCUACUCAUAGCAAAAGAAUUGAAAAAACAUUCGAAAUUAUAGAAAUUCCAUUAAACUUGCCAACUACCCCCGCUUUACAAGGAAACAAAGAGCUCAGUUAUGAUUCCGAUUGCAGGCUAAUUUUUAAUGAAGCUGACAAUAAUUCAGAUCUUCAUGGCGAUUUUUCUUCAGAAAAAAUUGAUGAAAAAUCUGUGAUGUCCCAGCAUACUUCUUUAAGAAAUUUUAUAAAUACUACAAAAAUAUUUUCAAGAGCCAUAAAUAUUUUGCAUGGCGUUUUUGUCCUAUCAGUGAUUUUUAUAUAGAUCAUAAUUGUUAUAUCCACAAAUAUCGCAGUCUUAUUUUAUGCGUUUUCCAGUAUCAACUUAGUCAGUGACAUGAGCCUUCCUUUGACAAUUGGAAAUGUUGGAAAAAACUUGCAAUAUGCUGCUUAUCUUGCAAAAACUGUUUUAGUGCUUUCUUACCCAGGGGCUGGGACUAGAGAUUAUGCUAUUACUACUUUGGAAGGGCUUAAAGCUGUAUUGAUAGAGUUGGAUAAUCUUCAUUCAUAUGUUACUUCAAAUCUUACUGACUGAACUUCGUGCUCAGGAAGUAAUUAUUUUACUGACAAAAAUAUCAAUUUAUGAUAUGUAGAUUAUAAUGUUUAUAUGGAAAAAACAAGUUUAUUGGAUACAGUAACUAAAUUUAUCCAGAUUGUAAAAGCUAUAUAGGGAAAUGGAUUUAUAAGAAAAUUUAAUAACUCCGAAGACAUCACAAAAGAGGCCUCAUUCAUGGUCUUGAGUGGUUAUGGAGAAGCAUUUCAUUAUUGCAACAGUUCGCUAUAUGACAUUAUAGAAUGUCAGCAAUCAGGAAUAUCAGAUUUCAAGACAAAAAUGCUAAUUUUAUUGGUAUUAAGUUUAGCUGUUCUUGGGGCAUGCGUUCUUAUUAUGACCCCAUUUUGCUAUUCGACGCUGAAAAUUGAAAAUAAUCUUUGAAAUAGUGUUAGAAAAUCUGCUUGCAGACACUAUCUUGAGCUUACUCAGUCCAUUGUUGACAGACUUGCAAAUACUCAUCAUCAAGACGAAAUUCCUCCUUCUGCAAAACAUCUUUCGAAAAAAUCAUUUAUUCUCAAAAACUACCCAAAGUAUGUAUGGAGAAUUUCUGUUUAUUUUAUAAUUGUAUUAGUAUUUUCAAUUGUUAAUAUAAGCUAUUUUUACGAAAAAUGUGCAGAAUACCUGUCAUAUAGACCUGAGGUGAUAAGAGAAUUAAUAAAUUCGCAAACUUUAUACACAAGCUUAGGUAUAUGAACAACAGAAGUGUCUCAAGACUAUGCAGGGACUUCUGUGAAGUACAUUCUAUAUUAUGCUCUCCCUUUCAUUGAUAAUAGAUCUGCCUUGCAAUUAACAAUUGAAAAAAUUCAACACUCAGAACAUACGCUAAGAAAUCCCAAAUAUUGUCCCAUUAAAUCAAAAAAAUUUAAUCAGAUAUUCCAUGAAAAUAUCUAUAAUUAUCCUUAUCCUGACUUCAGAUUUGGAGUCUAUUCAGCAGGAGAAAUCACAAUGUAUGAAGCUACAGCUAUUAUAUAUUUAUUGACAGAUUAUAUGGCAUGGACGAAAUUCAUAAAUGUUAUUGCUAGUAUAGACAAUUAUUAUAGCCAAAUGAUUGAUGAAGUUAACCAUUAUUCAAAAAGCGUUAUUGAUGACCAAAUUCACUUAAUAAUAGCAAUUCUUAUAGUUUUUAUUGUGAUUUCAUUGAUAAUGUAUUUUGUGAUGUAUUUAAGGUUUUUCAGGAAGGAAAAGAAAUAUUUGACGAAAAUAAAUUCGAUAAUGAAAAUCAUGCCAUAA